AUGCAGAAUGUUGCUAAUAUGAUACGAGCCCAGGCAGGAGCUUCGGGUGGUAUGGCCGUUCCAUCAGAAGACUUGCGUGACACAGCUGAGACUGUUCAAAUAUCAUCCCUCGCUCUCUUGAAGAUGUUACUUCAUGGUCGAGCAGGAGUACCUUUGGAGGUAAUGGGACUCAUGAUUGGUGAACAGAUUGAUAAUUACACUAUUCGUGUAACAGAUGUAUUUUCCAUGCCGCAAACAGCCACUGGUCAAUCUGUAGAAGCUGUUGACCCAGAGUAUCAGGUGCAUAUGUUGGAUAAACUCUCUGUGGUGGGUCGCUCAGAGAAAGUUGUUGGAUGGUACCACAGUCACCCGGGUUUUGGUUGUUGGCUCUCCGGUGAAGAUAUUAUGACAGCGAGCAGCUAUGAACAACUAACACCACGCAGCGUAUCCGUGGUCGUUGAUCCUAUCCAAUCAGUACGUGGAAAAGUUGUGAUUGAUGCUUUCCGCACCACAAGAGAUCCUGCUACAGGAGGGCGUAUGAUGACUGUGGAGCCGCGACAGACUACAAGCAACAUUGGAUGGUUGGCACGGCCACAACUAGUCGCACUCUCCCGGGGACUCGAUCGAGACUACUAUAGUCUUCCUAUUACUUUUCGGAAGAAGAACCAUGAAUUGGCAUUAUUAUUAAAUGUGUACAAGAAGGGUUGGCAAGAAGGGUUCCGUAUUGAAAAUAUGGAAAAAUUUGAACGUCAAACCGUGCGAGAAAAGAUUCGAUUACUUACUUCUUUAUCCACACAAUCUGAACGAUUUAUUGUCCAGGGUCUUGAUGAGGAUGAUGUGGGUAAUGUUGGACGAACAAAUCCCAUCGCCCAUCUACAGUCAGAGGCUGAAGGGUUUAUCAAUGCUAACCUUAACCAGUCCAUUGGUGCAAUGAUCAAUAGUGUUGUCUUUUAA